CUAUUUCCAGAUGUCGCAAGGCUCAAGGCCGCCGUACGUGUCCUUGUCGUGGAACGCGCACAAAGGCGCGAUCAUGAAUUAAAUCGCAAUCGCGGUGUACGACGCAAUUUUCUCAACGUGCAAAGAAGCGUGGUGAAAAAACGCGCGGGUUAUGACGCGGAUGUUCGUUAAAUUUCCGGCUCGACAGACCGCGGUAAAGAAGUGCGCAAAGUGUUUCGCUUGUUGCAUAGUUGCCAAGGCGACUAACGUUCGUGCGGGUGCGUGUCUCUCUGUUGCGUGACUGUGUGUACGCGCGUGUGUUACGUGGUGUGUUAUGAUAAAGAACCGAUCAUCGUUGUCGGGACGCCGAGUCUCAUAUCGCCCGGACACCUCAAUGCUUCGCAACGACGUAGCCUGAAAAUAGAAGUCAUUUAUUAUGGACUACCCGGUGUUAGGCCACUACGAUCCCACUGUAGAGGCCACGGACCAUGGUAGCGGCGAGGAGGAACAGGAAUUGCUGUGGGAGGAAUGUAAUUAUGUGGUACCUGGGGAUGAGUAUGUACCUGCAACGGAGCAGUUUGGAGAAGAUUUUGCCGGGGCUGAGUUUCAUGAAACUAGAGCAUUGCUUGCUGAUGGCGGAGAUAGAUUUGGAGUUUCCACUGCCACUUUCGAUACAAUUGAGGAGCUUAUGUGGAUGGGGAAUCAAGGGGGCCACGUAACAUCUUAUUAUGGGCCUAGUUUACAAAAAUAUACUUCUUUUCAAGUCCAUGCAACUCAAGAGAUACGACACAUUCAUCCUGUAGAUGAAGGGAUAUUAGUGUUGACUCAGAGUAUAUUGAGAUGCCAACUGCGACGAGGCAUACCUAUAUUUACACACACGUCAACAAAUAUGAAUGACAUGCAGUGUAUGUUGCAAAUUUCUCCGACCAGAUUACUCAUGGGUGGACAUCAGGAUAAAAUAAUAGAUUUUAAUCUUACUAGAGGAAAGGAGAUUGGAUUAGUAGAUGUAGGAGAAAAUGGUUGUGCGAUAUUGAGGCAACACAGUAGACUUAUUUGUGCUGGUAAUCCUGCAGGACGAAUAGAUCUCAGGGACCCAAAUACAUUAUCAGUAGAACAUACUUUAGACACACAUAGUGGUUCCCUAAGUGAUUUUGACGUUCAGGGAAAUUAUCUUGUUACUUGUGGGUUCAGUAACAGUCGGCAAGGUCUUACUGUUGAUCGAUUUUUAAUGGCUUAUGAUCUGAGACAAAUGAGAGCAUUGAGUCCAGUCACUACUAUGGUGUAUCCUCUUUUAUUGAAGUUUCUACCAAGUUAUUCCAGUCGUCUCGCAGUAGUGUCGCCACUUGGACAAAUGCAACUACUUGAUACAAUAUAUGCUAAUGUACAACCAUCAAUGACAUGUUUGUAUCAGGUUGCCACGGGUGGAGCGGGGAUAUUAUCAUUUGAUGUAGCUUCCACAUCUCAAUGUCUUUGCUUUGGAGAUUCGGCGGGUUCUAUACAUCUGAUGUCUACUAACAAUCCGGAACCUCAAUUUAAUACAUUUUCUAGACCUACAGAAUUUGCCGAUCCAAUUGAAACAGUACAAUCGAUUCCUUUUGAUGACGAUAUUACACCAUUAAGUACAAUACCAAUGGUAUAUUCUGAUCAACCACUUUUAAGUGAUUGGCCAGAAGAAUUUUUAAAAAAGGUUUACAGGAAAACUCCAGCAAUAGAUCCCGAAAUUUUGCGCACAAUGAAAAUGCAGGGAACAAUAGGAUAUGCGCCAAAUCCUCAGGCUUUUCGCAGAAAUCAAAUACCGUACAAUUUGGAAAAACGACGUGGCUUAGUCGCGAAAUCUUUUGCGGGAGACUCACGAUGUAAGACAGAUGACGGUACCUUUGUGGCCAUACCUAAGCGUUAUCGUAAAAUCGAGUUAAAAUAUUCACGACUCGGUUAUGACGAUUUUGAUUUCGAUCAAUAUAAUCGAACCAGUUUUUGCGGCCUGGAGGCCACUCUUCCCAAUAGUUAUUGCAAUGCUAUGCUGCAGUUGUUAUACUACUGCGAACCUGUAAGAAUAGCAUUGCUCUCACAUUCGUGCCAACGAGAAUUCUGUCUUUCUUGCGAAUUGGGAUUCUUGUUUCACAUGCUGGAUAUAUCACGAGGAUUUCCUUGUCAAGCUGCGAAUUUUUUGAGGGCAUUUAGGACGGUACCGGAAGCGGCAGCUCUAGGACUUAUACUGAGUGAUUUGCAUCCAGAAGCCAAGAAAAAGAUCAGUCUGAUUAGACUUAUACAAAGUUGGAAUCGAUUCAUUCUACAUCAAAUACACUACGAGAUAUUAGAAACUAGGAAGCGGCAGCAAGAAGAAGAGGAGGCAGUGCGACUUAAAUCAGGCUCCAAAUAUCCACCAUUUGUUUAUAAUGAACAGGAUUUUCCUAGCAUCCUUGAGGAUCUCGGUUCUCGAUAUAGAAAUCACGAUGACGAGAGGAAAAAAAAGAGGAAGCAGGAGGAGGAUGGUAAAUAUAUGUGGAUCACAUCGAAAGAUAAGAACACCAAAAAGUCUGCUGAAGAGAAUGAAAUGCGAGAUGAUGAAACAGAAAUCAGUCAUCUAUUUGGAUCUGAACAAAUGCAUAUACAUCGCUGUCUCAAAUGUGGGCAAGAAGCUACAAAACAUUCCAUCAUGUUACUUUGUAAUUUAGUUUAUCCGGAAAUAGUCAAUCCUUCUGAAGAGGUACCGUUUACAAGUGUUCUUGCCCGCAGUUUAAGACCUGAGAAAAUUACACCCGCAUGGUGUGACAGUUGCCAGAAAUUUACACCUACUCUUCAAUCUCGACAAUUGACUAAACUACCUCAAAUACUGGCAUUAAAUUGCGGCUUAGAUACUCAACAGGAUAAGGCGUUUUGGCAAAAUCAGAUGGACAUUGUAGUGCAAAAUGUGUUAACGGGAAAGGAGAGUAGUCCCAGCUCCAGUCCUGUACCUGUUACUGCAAAACCCUGUCGAUAUGGCAAUAAUUGUACACGAGUUGGAUGUCGAUUCCGACAUGUUGGUCGCGAUUCAGAGACAGAGAAAUUAUUAACAUCGCCCUCUACCUCGUCUACGUCGACAGCGUCUGUUACAUCGCCUCCUAGUCAUUUGUAUUAUUCGCAUUCUUGGAUACCUCAUAACAUAGAGAUCACUCUUGAAGAAAAUGGCAAGAUGUCGGUUAAAAAAAUUAGCGAACCAAAAAACGAAUUGACAAAUAACACAUCUACACAAACAAGUGUGAUGGAGAACGGUCAAGAUGACAAAACGAUACGAACAGUUUCUGACAACAACGUUGAAGACAAUAAUGAUGAAGAUUGUGACAACGUCGAAAAUUGUAAUAUAGUAUCGAACGCAGAGAUAGGCGAGACGAAAAGUACAAAUUCAGAGAUAGCUAAUAAUACUCAAAAAAUACAAUACGGUCUCAGUGCUGUCGUCUGUUAUAUCGAUGACAAGAAUAAUGAGGAAAGAAGAAACAUUGUAACGCUGUUGCGAGUUGGACCAAAUUAUCACGUACGAUCGUCGGGCAACCCUGUAUCGCAGUGGUACAUUUUCAAUGAUUUCUGUAUAUCACCGGUGACACCGCAAGAAGCAGUGUGGUUUAAUCUCGAUUGGAAAGUACCGUGUGUGCUCCAUUAUACAGCGAUACCUGCACCAGAACCGGCACCAUAUGUCAGUCCCCUUACAUACGAUGUGUUUGGCGAAGAUAAAUGUAUUGCGCGCAGUGGCGGAACCAGAGGCAUUACAUUUACCCCUCUAGCAUCAGAUGAAAUGCCUAAGAAAGGAGAAUUAGUAGGGAUCGAUGCAGAGUUCGUUACUUUAAAUCAAGAAGAAUCUGAGUUGCGGAGCGAUGGAAAAAUGUCGACUAUAAAACCAAGUCAUAUGUCCGUAGCGCGAAUCACUUGUAUACGCGGGCAAGGUCCACUGGAAGGUACACCAUUUAUAGAUGAUUACAUAAGCACUCAAGAACAGGUGGUCGAUUAUCUGACAAAAUUUAGCGGCAUUCAACCGGGUGAUUUAGAUGCGAACUUUAGUAGCAAACAUCUGACCACUCUGAAAUCAACGUAUCAAAAGUUGAGGUUUUUAGUGGACAAUGGUAUAAUCUUCGUCGGACACGGUCUAAAAAAUGAUUUUAGGGUAAUAAAUUUAGUGGUACCGCCGGAGCAAAUAAUAGAUACAGUUUUAUUAUUCCACUUACCUCAUCAUCGUAUGGUGUCGUUACGCUUCUUGACCUGGCAUUUUUUGGGUAAAAAGAUUCAGUCUGAAACUCACGAUUCGACUGAAGACGCGCGAGCAGCCUUAGAAUUGUAUCGUAAGUACAAAGAACUAGAAAGCUGUGGCACUCUGAGAGAAACGCUUAAGGAGCUUUACGAAAUAGGCACUCAGUUACAGUGGAAAGUUCCCGAUAGCUGAUAUGAGGAUAAGACGUAUAAGGAUAUAGAUGAUCGAAUUAAUAGUGAUAAUGAUGAUUAGAUGAUAAUACAAAUGUUCAUGUCCAUUGUCCAAUAUUACUGUUUGGAAGGUAACACUCUGCAGGUGCUGUUCACGUUGGUUGAUAAAAAAAUGUCGAUAUUUAGUCCAAUUCUGAAGACAGGGUUACAUAUUCGUGAUCAACAGGGAAAAAAUUUAUUGAACGCACACGUAAUAUUAAUAGAUAAAAUUUUAAGAUUGCGUGCACCGUGAUAGCGUGAAACUGAAAAAAUCGCAGAUACCAAAACAUUGAUACUCUUUGGAUUCUUCUCGUUUUUAUUCGUAGAUCAUUGUUAUAACCGUUUACUAAAUGUAUAGUGUAUACAUACAUGUACACUUUUUAUUCAGCGAUAAUGCGUCAAAUUGCGGAUCAUUAUCCAUCUUAUCGAUAGCCCAUUAGGAAAAUUGAGUAAAAUGGAACAAAUUGUUGAGCGCGAUUUUAAGUAGGAAUACCAUUUUAAGUGCGACGCGAAUUUGUAUAUAUUGUCUAAUAUAACAUUGACGUUUUGAAGAGCAGUAACGAUUCCGCACUGCCCGAUGGAUAUCAAUAUUCACUCUAAUUUCUUAUUGUUUAUACUGUAUCCCGUAUGAAAAAGAUAAUGUAUUCCAUUCCGAUCCAUCAAACAAUUGCCGGGUAUAGACGUAAAUAGUAUAGUAGCAAUAACUGAAUUACGUAUUCGUAAAUGUACAAUAUUUCAAUGUUUCCUUUUAUACGUAUAUCUUUAGCGUAUAAACUUUUGUACGAUUUUAUGGAGCGGGGUUUCAUGCAGUUUUUUUUAUAAGGUAUUUGUUUUAUCUUAUAGUGGAGAGAUACACUGCAAAUUUUCUCGACCACAUAUACACACACAUAUACGUAAUCACAAAUUGUUAAACAUCAGUCAUAUUUGCAAUUACAUUUAUGAUAAUUAUCAUUCACAUCGAUCCAUUUAUGCAAAGCUCUUGAAACGCGAGAAAAACUAUUAACGAAAGUGGUAGAAUUUUACAAACUGACAAUUGUACUCUCAUUAUAGAUUAUUUUUAUACAAAUUUUAUCAACGAAAACAUGGGAAGGGAGGGGGAGGGGGUACUAUCCAAAUCUAUUACAAAAAAAAGACGAGAUUAAUAAAACAUAUAUUUUUUUAUAUCUUGAAUUUUCUUAUAAUUUGUGCACGAUAAGUUAUAGACUGGUUUCAGUAGAAACAGUCAAUGCGAUCAAUCAAUAUACAAUACAGAGUACAUACAGUACACACGAUGUUAAGAUGGUAAUUAAACAUUUUUUUCAUGCCGAUCGCUCUGUUACAUCAUUGUAAUUUUUCAAUAAAUAGUUGUACAAAUUCA